AGUUAGGACAAUCCCUCAGAUCCCAGAAGCUGACACACUAUGUUGUGCGUCCGAGGCCUGCGGCUAGCUGGCUGCCUGGCUCUGGCUGCCCUGGUUAGCCUGGUACACAGUCAGCAUGUGUUCCUGGCCCCUCAGCAAGCACUGUCGCUGCUCCAGCGUGUCCGGAGAGCCAACAGUGGCUACCUGGAGGAGCUAAGGAAGGGCAACUUGGAGCGGGAGUGUGUGGAGGAGCAGUGCAGCUAUGAGGAGGCCUUCGAGGCCCUGGAGUCUCCCAGUGCCACGGAUGAAUUCUGGGCCAAGUACAGUGUUUGUGAUUCAGUGAGGAAAACUCGAGACACUUUCAUGGACUGUCUGGAAGGUCGCUGUGCUAUGGAUCUGGGGACAAACUACAUUGGGAAUGUGAGUGUCACCCACUCCGGGAUUGAGUGCCAGUUAUGGAGGAGCCGCUACCCACACAAGCCUGACAUCAACUUCACCACACAUCCUGGGGCCAACCUGCAGGAGAAUUUCUGCCGCAAUCCAGAUAGCAGCACCCAGGGACCCUGGUGCUACACCACAGACCCCACCGUGCGGAGAGAAGAAUGUAGUGUUCCUGUCUGCGGCCAGGAGGGCCGUACAACUGUGGAGAUGGUUCCCCGCUCCGGAGGUUCCAAGGGGAACCUGUCACCUCCACUGGAGCAAUGCGUCCCUGAGCGCGGCCGGCUGUACCAGGGGAAUUUGGCUGUGACAACACUUGGGUCCCCCUGCCUGGCCUGGGCCAGCUCACCAGCCAAGGGCCUGAGCAAGUUCCAGGACUUCGACCCGGAGGUGAAACUCGUGGAAAACUUCUGCCGCAACCCUGAUGGGGAUGAGGAGGGCGUGUGGUGCUACGUUGCCGGGCAGCCUGGCGACUUUGAAUACUGCAGCCUCAACUACUGUGAGGAGGCGGUGGGAGAGGAGAUCCAGGAUGAGGAGGAGUCCAUCGGGGGGCGCACCACGGAUGCGGAGUUCCACACCUUCUUCGAUGAGAAGACCUUCGGCUUGGGCGAGGCAGACUGUGGCCUUCGGCCUCUGUUCGAGAAGAAGUCACAGAAAGACAAAACGGAAAAGGAACUUCUUGACUCUUACAUAGAUGGGCGCAUCGUGGAGGGCUGGGACGCUGAGAUGGGUAUCGCCCCCUGGUGCGUCCUGGACUGCUUGCUCCAGGCUGGGUAUAAAGGGCGGGUGACAGGCUGGGGCAACCUUCGGGAGACGUGGACAACCAGCAUCAGCGAGAUUCAGCCCAGCGUCCUGCAGGUGGUAAACCUGCCCAUUGUCGAGCGGCCAGUGUGCAAGGCCUCCACCCGGAUCCGCAUCACUGACAACAUGUUCUGUGCUGGUUUCAAGGUGAAUGACACCAAGAGAGGAGAUGCUUGUGAAGGUGACAGUGGGGGACCUUUUGUCAUGAAAAGCCCCUAUAACAACCGCUGGUAUCAAAUGGGCAUUGUCUCAUGGGGUGAAGGCUGUGACCGGAAUGGGAAAUAUGGCUUCUACACACACGUGUUCCGCCUGAAAAAGUGGAUACAGAAAGUCAUUGAUCGGUUUGGGUAGAUGUGGGGGGGGGGUACCCACAAUAUGGGAUCCUCAUGCAAAAAUCACAAAAAACAACCAAAAUAUUUUUGUGGUUUGUUUCUGUUCUCAAUAAAAGUAACUGUUAGUUAAG